UUAAGUAUGUUCAACGCACGCUUAUAUUCGAGAAUUCGCAUCAAUGCCCUGGCCCAGUCCAAGAGAUUCAAUGCAACUAUCUCUAAGAACGCACCUUUAGAUGCUUCUAAGUUGAGCAUCAAGACCGCAGAUGUUGUUAAGCCUCUCGUAGCCAACAAGGAUCUUGUAUUCGGAAAGACCUUUACUGACCAUAUGUUGACAGCCAAGUGGAACGAAGACAAAGGAUGGUCUUCUCCUGAAGUCACCCCUUACGCUAAGCUCGAACUCGAGCCUUGUGCUGCUGUCUUCCACUACGGUUCAGAGUGCUUUGAGGGUAUGAAGGCAUACAAGGAUAAGAAUGGUAAGAUUCGCCUCUUCCGCCCUGAUAUGAACAUGGCCCGUAUGAACCGUUCUACUGCUCGUAUUGCUCUUCCUCAAUUCGAUGGAGAUGAGCUCAUCAAGUGCAUUGCCGAGUACUUGAAGACCGAGGAACGUUGGAUCCCUUCUGAGCGUGGUUACUCUCUCUACCUCCGUCCCACUAUGAUCGGUACCCAAGAAUCUCUGGGUGUCAAUGCUCCUUCAGAUGCUCUUUUGUUUGUUAUUGCAUGCCCUGUUGGUCCUUAUUACAAGACUGGAUUUGCUGCCGUAAAGCUGAUGGCUACUACUGAAUACGUUCGUGCAUGGCCUCGUGGUACAGGUGAUGCCAAGAUUGGUGGAAACUAUGCACCUGGCUUAUUGCCCCAGCGUGUAGCUGCUAAGGCUGGUUACCAGCAGAACCUUUGGUUGUUUGGUGAGGACCAUCAGCUUACUGAGGUCGGUGCCAUGAACCUCUUUACUAUGAUUAAGAACAAGCAGGGUGAGCUUGAGUUGAUUACUCCUCCUCUUGAUGGAUCUAUUCUUCCCGGUGUCACCCGUGAUUCUAUCCUUAGCUUGGCUAGAGAAUGGAACGAAUUCAAGGUUGUGGAGAGAAAGAUUACUAUGCCCGAGUUGAGAGAUGCUUCCAAGGAAGGCCGUGUGGUUGAGGUGUUUGGUGCUGGCACUGCUUGCAUCGUCAGCCCUGUCAAGACAAUUUCCUACAUGGGUGAAGAUCUCAACAUCCCACUUGAUCCUAAUGACUCUACUUCUCAGGCUGGUCCUUACACUAAGAGAUUCAGUGAAGCUAUUAUGAACAUCCAGUAUGGAGAAGUAGAGCACCCAUGGUCUGUGGUCAUUAACUAAAAAAAAAAAGAAAGAUUCUUGGAUCUUACGUGACAGAUAAUAUACUUUGUUUCUUUUAUUCCCUUUUCCCACCCGCCUUUUUGUCUUGUUUUACUAUACAUACAUAAAAACAUACACACAUAUAUACAUACAUACAUAUGUGUGUGUUUACACAAAUAUAAUUAUAAAGAGGAGUGACUUAUUUUGGUUUGAAU